CUUCGUUUUGGUGGCUCGUUAAUUGCAGAUUAAAAUUCCAUUUUCCGGAGAAGUAUAGUUGAGUUUCUCGCCUGCUUCCUUCUCCUCCGUCGACAUUUCUCCGAUCUAAGCUAACCCUCUCCUCUACUCCUCAGGACCCGUCGGAGGAUUGACCGUAUCCCUCCGAAUCUUCAAUUUACUGAUCGAUCGGUUGAUAUAUAGAUCUUAAUUAUGCGAUUCUUUAGGAGAAUAGCGGGGUUCUUGGGGCUUACCAGGGACGAUGGGCACGAUGUGAAAGACCAGGAAGACGAAGAAGAUAACGCCGCUUCCUCCGCCACCAACAACAAUCAUAAUCAGCAGGCCAACAAGCCUCGGGUUUUUCACGAAACCGGGUUGCCUCGGAAGGGCUUCAGCGUCCCUGUCCAGGUCGCCGUGGACCGUUCCCAAUCUGGACCCGUCAUUGUCCCUUGUACUUCCGGUGGCGGCGGUGUGCAGGGUCUGAGAUGGUAUGCAAAGCGUCUUAAGAUAGAUGAAGAUGGAGAUGUGGCAGAUGAGUUCCUUGAUGAGGUCUUGCAAGAAACAUCAGUUAGUGCAGAAGAUGAGCAGAGGUCAUUACCGAAGUUUCAAAUAAAGUACAGUACCAGACCAGCUAAAGUGAGAAACCAAGUACUAUCCCAAGAUGGGAAAAUCCAGCAGAGUGUGGAGUACCAAGGUAGGUUGCAGUGGGUAUAAUGGAUGAUGACACUCGUGUUAGUCUAACCCAUGAUGGGAAAAUCCAGCAGUGUGUGGAGUACCAAGUACUGUCCCAUAAUGGGAAAAUCCAGCAAAGUGUGGGAGUAGAGUACCAAGGUAGGUUGCAAUGGGUAGCAAACAUUUCAGCUUCUCCUUAGCAGAUUGCGGUGGGUAUGUUAGAUGAUGAGACUCAUGAUAGUCUAUAGCAAAAUUGUGUUGUCAACUUGAUUCUUUGGUUUUGAUGUGUUUCUUGCCACUGCUCUAACUUCUGUAUGGUUUAUAGUUCCCUGUUGUAAAGAGGAUUUUGACUGUACCAUUCAUGGUUCAUACGUUACUUGAUUGAUUGUAACUUUUUUCCUACUUAAAUCUGUAUAUGAGUGAUCUUAUAUCAGUCAUGUUU